GCGAGUGCCAAAGACACGGCGAUGCGUCCAUCGCCUCGUCGCCGCGAUCAGGUCAACUCUGAUUUGCCCACAUUGGCACCGCCGUUGAGAGACCGCGCCAAUGUCGGCACGGCGCUAAGGCUCAAGCCUUAUCGACGAUGAUGUCCUCAGAGCGUCAUUUGGCCGUAUCCGGCAUGUAGCAUUCUUCCGGAUGACAUCUGGGGCCAAGAUCGCCGAGGCCCGCGCGGUGCUCUUGCGGUCGAUGGCCGCGAUCCCGUCGGCGACGACGGCCGUUCUUCUCUCUGGCGGCCUCGAUACGUCGAUCAUCGUGGACACUCCCUCUGGCCACCGCUUUACGGACGCCAUCACGGUGUCCUGCGGUCCCACGGACAAACCUGAGCACGAUCUCGCCUACGCGACAGCGAUCGCAUCCGCGCACGGAUUGACGCACCACGUUCUGAGCUAUCCCGACCCGAUGGACCUCGUGAACGACGAUCCCGACGGCGCUUUGGCGCUUACAAUUCGGAUCUUGGAGACGUUCGACCCCAUGGAUCUGCGUGGUGGUGUCGCCAUCACCAAGGCGCUGCAGCACGCAAAGGCAAUUGGCAUCACGUCGAUCGUCACGGGCGACGCCGCCGACGAGCUCUUUGCGGGCUACUCGUUCUUGACGUCGCAGUCCGAAGAGAAACUUCUCGCGUGGAUCCAGCGGGCGUCGGCGCACAUGAAGUUUUGCGGCACAGCGAUCGGCGCAGCGCUCGGUAUCACCGUGCACCAGCCGUUUGUCCAUCCCGAUGUCAUUGCGUUCGCGCUCACGUGCUCGAAAGACGACUUGGUUGGUGUCGACCCCCAUAAGAGCGCGCUCGUCCAUGGCAAGCUCAUUUUGCGCCAAGCGUUCCCGGAAGCGACCUCGUGCUGGCGCACAAAGGUGCCGCUGGAAACAGGCUCGGGCACGACGCCUCUCGCAACGCUCUUUCAAGAGCGAGCGGACCCAGCGAACUUUGAGGCGGAGAAGCGCGCAGUGUUUGUGGGCGAUGGCAUCGUGAUCCGAGACCCCGAGCACUUGCACUACUACAGAAUCUUCAAGCGCAUCUUUCGUCAAGAAGAUGCGACCUCCGUCGAGCCGCCGCUGCCACCAAGCACCACGCAAGCCCACCGAGGAGCCACACCCGGGGUAUGGACUUGCACGGUGAAGCGCUUCGACUCGGACCCUUGCAUCCAGUGCGGCUUUCAACUCGAGCGCCCCGAGCAGUACUUUUGCAAGACGUGCGGCGCGUGGCCAGCACGCGCGUCGGGGCCGCCGAGCUAAGCUCUCGAUGCCUUCUAGUAGUAGCGGCUCGUCCUUAUGCUGUGAAACGGAGCCUUGGGGCUGCUUUGAUGCGGCGAUCAAGGACACAAUGUCUAUAUUGACUUUUGUAUUGCUCGUGGGCUACUGUGCACGAGUUUUGUAGUUGUGCCCGUAGACGUCCACGUUAACAAUGGCCCAUCACUGAAGCCUCCGCGAGUG